AUGAUGGAGGAAUUCAUAGAGGAAGCUUCAUGGGGCAAUUUCUCUGAGGAUGAUGAGCUUAGAGAGGAAAGUGCUAUCACUGAAGUCUUGGGUGCGAUCCUUCUCCUCAUGUGUCUCUUUGGUAUAGCAGGGAAUAUCUAUACGCUGGUGGUAGCAUUUGGCAGUGCAUCUUUUCGAUCGACAGGUUCUUUGUGUGUGUAUGUGAUCAAUUUGGCUUUUGCUGAUAUACUCUACCUUUCUACCAUCCCUUUUGUGGUGUGUACGUAUUUUGCCCAGGACUGGUUUUUUGGGGACAUGGGCUGCAGGAUUUUGCUUAGCCUUGACCUGCUCACAAUGCAUGCUAGCAUUUUCAUGUUGACCACCAUGAGCUUGGAGCGUUAUUGGGCAGUGACUAAACCAUUACGGGCCAGGUGGGCUCGAAAUAGCUACCGCAAACUUGCUAGUAUUGCAGUGUGGCUCCUUUCAGUGUUGCUUACACUUCCCAUGAUGAUCAUGAUCCAGCUGCGGGAAGGAAGAAGCCACAAGCAGAUUUGUUUUCCCACCUGGACACCUGAUGCUUACCGAGUUUACCUCACAGUUCUCUUCAGCACCAGCAUCCUUGGCCCUGGCUUAGUUCUGGGUAUAGUCUAUUCCCAUCUUGCUUGGGCCUAUUGGACUUCCAUGAAAAUUAUGCAGCCUCAAGUGAUGGGCAGAGUCUUGAAACAGAAGCUGUUCCCCCGGAUCUUCAGCAUCAUUGUUGCCUACUGGGCUUGCUUUGUACCAUUCUGGGCAUGGCAACUAGCCAAACUGUAUUGGUCUGAGGAGCUGGAGAUUGGGCCCACCACUCAGGUGUAUCUCAACUUUGGUGUUACUUGCUUGACCUAUGGCAACAGCUGCAUCAACCCAUUCCUUUAUACCCUGCUUACCAGGAAUUACAUGCAGUACAUGGCCAAACAAGGUGGGGAGAGAAACAGUGGGGGCUAUGUGCUCUUUAAGAGGAGAAGAUGUGAAAAGCCUCAAGCAGAAUGUAUAUCUGUGGCACAGGGAGGAGUGAUGGAAUAA